AUGUCCAACAGCAGCUCCAUGACCAAGUUCCUCCUCCUGGCAUUCGCAGACACAAGGGAGCUGCAGCUCUUGCACUUCUGGCUCUUCCUGGGCAUCUACCUGGCUGCCCUCCUGGGCAAUGGCCUCAUCAUCACCACCGUAGCCUGUGACCACCACCUCCACACCCCCAUGUACUUCUUCCUCCUCAACCUCUCACUCCUCGACAUGGGCUGCAUCUCCACCACUCUCCCUAAAGCCAUGGCCAAUUCCCUGUGGGACAGGAGGGACAUUUCCUUCUCAGGAUGUGCUGCCCAGGUCUUUCUGUUUGUCUUCUUGAUGUCAGCAGAAUUGUAUCUCCUCAGCUUCAUGGCCUACGACCGCUAUGUUGCCAUCUGCAAACCCCUGCACUACGAGACCCUCCUGGGCAGCAGAGCUUGUGUCCACAUGGCAGCAGCUGCCUGGGGCAGUGGGUUUCUCUGUGCUCUGCUGCACACGGCCAAUACCUUUUCAUUACCACUCUGCCAAGGAAAUGCCCUGGACCAGUUCUUCUGUGAAAUCCCCCAAAUCCUCAGGCUCUCCUGCUCAGACUCAGACUACCUCAGGGCAGUUGGGCUUCUCAUGGUCAGUGUCUCUUUUAGUUUUGCAUGUUUUGUUUUCAUUGUGCUUUCCUAUGUGCAGAUCUUCAGGGUUGUGCUGAGGAUCCCCUCUGAGCAGGGACAGCACAAAGCCUUUUCCACCUGCCUCCCUCACCUGGUCGUGGUCUCUCUGUUUAUCAGCUCUGGCAUGGUUGCCUACGUGAAGCCUCCCUCCAUCUCCUUUUCAUUCCUGAAUCUAGUGGUCUCAUUUCUGUACUCGGUGGUGCCUCCAGCAGUGAACCCCCUCAUCUACAGCAUGAGGAACCAGGAGCUCAAGGAUGCCCUGAGGAAACUAUUGCAAUAUACUAUAUUUCGGCAUCAGUGUCGUAGCUGUCUUUCUCCUAUGACUCCUACCAUAGUCACAGAAAAUAGCUGCAUGAUCUCUUGUUCAUAA